UGCGACGAUGCUGUGGUCACGUGUUCGGAAGAGUGGCUACGUCGUAACAAGUAAACAGAAAUUAAACCUAUUAGUUAGUGUGGCUAAUUCGGCUUGAAAGUGUGCGUCGGUAUACUUUAAACCAUUUUGAAUUCCCCAACACGCGUAUUAGUGUCAUAGUUUUUCAUUUAAUGCCCAAACGCGGCAUCGUUUGCUAGCAGGCUAACACUGUCACGUGAUCACAUGUCCUGUCGUCCGGGUCCGUGGAGAGUGAGUUUCCCUUUGCCGUCCUUGCUUCCUUGGCGCUCACGCUGGUUAGCAUACGGCUAAAUGCUUCUUAAACAUGGUUCAACUGUGCAGAGUUUGCUUCCGUAAAUAUGGCAACUUUGUGGACAACCUCCGACUGUAUGUCCGCGGAGGUGCUGGCGGCAUGGGCUUGCCCCGCCUCGGUGGACACGGCGGAAACGGUGGAGAUGUUUGGGUGGUUGCCACAAAGAGCAUGACCCUGAAAGGAAUCAAGGACAAGUACCCUCAAAAUCGCUUUGUAGCCGAGGUGGGAGCCAACAGCAGUGUCCGUUCCUUGAAAGGAGAGAGGGGGAAAAACAUAGAGAUUUUGGUUCCUGUGGGUGUCACAGUCACCACUGACGAUGACAGGAUACUCGGAGAGCUGAAUGCGGAGGGUGAUCGUGUGCGGGUGGCCAGAGGAGGACACGGAGGCUCCUUCUCCUCUACCUUCCUGCCCAGUAAAGGCCAGUCGAGGCAGGUCAGACUGGACCUCAAACUCAUCGCUGACAUGGGCCUGGUGGGGUUCCCAAAUGCGGGGAAGUCGUCUCUGCUGACUGUCUUGUCUAACGCAACCCCUCAGAUCGCCAGCUACCCUUUCACCACGUUGAAGCCCCAGAUUGGUAAAUUAUUGUACGAAGACCACAAGCAGAUCUCUGUAGCGGACCUCCCCGGCCUGAUCGAAGGCGCUCACAUGAACAAAGGGAUGGGACACAAGUUCCUCAAGCAUGUGGAGAGAACCAAGCAGCUGCUGUUUGUGGUGGACGUUUGCGGCUUCCAGCUGGCAAGUCAAACGCCGUUCAGGUCGGCUUUUGAGGCUGUGCAGCUGCUCACGAAGGAGCUCGAGUUGUACAAGGAGGAGCUUGUGAGCAAACCAGCUCUCCUGGUGGUGAACAAGAUGGACCUGCCCGAUGCUGACCAUAAACUACAACAGCUGCAAAAGCAAAUCCUCAACCCAGAAGACUUCUGCCAUACGUUGCCCGAAAACAUGACACCGAAAAGUCACAUGGCAUUCAGGCACGUGGUUCCCGUCUCCGCCGCCACCGGGCUCGGCGUGGACCGCUUGAAAGAGUUCAUCCGGGAGUCGCUCGAGGAAGAAGCUUCCGAGGCCACCGAGGCGCUCCGUCAACAAAGACUGCAGCUCCUCAGGCACCACUCACAAUAGGCGCACAUCACAAACAUGGACAGCGUGUGAACAUUAGGCAAUGGAAUUCAGCAUGUACAGAAUUAUGAGAGUUAUAAUUAUUAAGUCAUUUUAGAGGUAAUACUCUGCUUUAAAAAAAAAAAAGAAGAAAAAAAGAAAAGGCUGACCAGUCAAACACUAGGGGAAACUGGGCUAAAGAUUUGGUACACUUGCAGAUCCAAAAUAAGGGCUGUAUCAAAACAUUCAGGCUUUACAAAGAUAGUCCGUAAUUAUGGUUGAAGCUGUCAGAGAGGUAAUAAUGCUGCUUAUGGUUGUAGUUUGUCAUGGUAUAUGUACAGCUCUACUUGGAAAAUGUAUUUGGAUUAGCUCUAUUCAAUUUUCCUAAGAUAUUACGAUGUUAUGUUGAUGAUGAUUUUUUUUUCGUGAUUGUAAUUUCCUCUGAGGGAUUGCAAAUUUUUAUAAUAAAAACAAAAAUUUAAUUCUUUACUGUCUGGCCAUUUUAUAAAUGCAAAAAGGAAGUCCUACAGUAGAUAAAGUCUACACAACACUGUUCAAAUGCCAGGUUUUUGUAAUAUACAACAAUGAGACCAAGAAAAAUUAUUUCAAAACCUUUCCCACCAUGUAUGUGACCGAUACCUUGUGGAACUCAAUUAAAAAAAUAUAUUCUCAACAGGGGAACUAAAAAUAAAAGCGUACUGGAACAGCGGAACUUUAUUUGGUGUUAAUCAGAGCCACUCGGUGACGUGUGCUGGUUCCCAUUUAACGAGUUUGUGUGUUAUUGGAUAAUUCUGAACACAGCCACAUCCCUAGUUAUAAGAGAGUGUGCACACUUGUGCAACCACAUUAUCAAGUGUUUAUUUUUAGUUCCCAUCUCACAUUUUUCUUUCUUCUUUUUUUAAGAUUAGUUGUAGACCAAGUUAUUGAGGACGUUAAUGAUAUAAUUUCUUUUGAAAUGACUUAUCUUUGGCUAAUUUAUUUUCAUAUCACAAAAACCUGGCAUUUGAACAGUAGUGUGUAGACUUGUCCACUGCAUAAAUGACUAAUUUGAAUUCGGUUUUGUUAUUGUCAUGUUCUUUUCUGAAAUAUCUGUAUGUUCCUGUGGUUGUCACAGUCAACGGUGUGUUGAUAUGAAAUAUUACAAGACAGAAUAAUUAGGAGA